AUGGCUUUGUCUGCCAAAGCUCUCUAUUCCAUUACACUUCUUCUCAUGAUAACACUUACCUCUUUAAGUAAUACAAUUCAUGGUGACGAAGAAGAUGGUGGUGGAUUCUUUGGUCAUUGUGCAUAUCGGUGGAGAGGUUGCGGAAGCUUCUUUAACAAUGCAUUUGGGGGUGGGGGGAGGCGUGGUAGUAGCUUUGGAGUUGGUAGUGGUCAAGGAGGUGGUGGUGAUGAUAGUGAAGGUGGCAAUGUUGGUUAUAGUGUUCAAAAGACUAUUAAUAGUGGUGGUGGUGGUGGAGGGGGUAGUGGUAGUGGUUCAAUAGAAGGUUCAGGUCAUGCAGAAGGUCAUGGAGAAGGUGCUGGUGGUGGAAAAACAACCAGCGGUAUUAUUAGUGGAGGUGGAGGAGGAGAAGGUGGUGGUUCGGCUGAAGGAAAAAAUGGUCAUGGGGAGGGUCAUGGAAGUGGUGCUGGGGCUGGAAUUGGAGACACAAGUGGCAAUACGGUUGGUGGAGGUGGAGGAGGAGAAGGUGGUGGUUCAACUGAAGGAAUAGAUGGUCAUGUUGAAGGGCAUGGAAGUGGUGCCGGUGCUGGAGUUGGAAGUACAGUUGCAGGUGAUGUAGGAGGAGGCGGAGGAGGCAGUGGAGGAGCAGUAGUAGAAGGAUUAGGUGCACAUGCUGAAGGGCAUGGUCAAGGUCUUGGUACUGGAGUCACAAGUGGGGGUGUAGCUGGAGGAGGUGGUGGUGGAGGAGGAGAAGGUUCAUCAGAAGGGUUAGGUGGACGUGCUGAAGGUCAUGGAGAAGGUAUUGGUGCCGGUAUUGGAGUUACAAGAGGUGGUACAACAGGAGGUGGUGGGGGUGGAGGAGGAGGAGGUUCAACAGAAGGAUUAGGUGGUCAUGCGGAAGGACAUGGAGAAGGUGCCGGUGCUGGAAUUGGAGUCACGACUAGUGGUGCAGCAGGGGGAGGUGGUGGAGGAGGAGGUUCAGCAGAAGGGGUAGGUGGACAUGCAGAAGGGCACGGACAAGGUCUUGGUGCUGGUAUUGGAGACACAAGCAGUAAUGUAGUUGGCGGAGGUGGCGGUGGACAGGGAGGUGGCUCAGUAGAAGGUUUAGGUGGACAUAGUGAAGGGCAUGGAGAAGGUUUUGGUGCUGGUUUUGCACACACAAGUGGUGGUUCUACUGGAGUUGGUGGUGGGGGAGGAGGUGGAGGUGGAGGAGGAUCAUCAUCGCAUGAUUUAGGCGUUCAUGCAGAAGGGCAUGGAGAAGGAGCAGGUGUAGGUGGUGGAGUUGGAGGUGUAGGUGGUGGCUUUGGAGGGGGUGGUGGUGGUGGUAGUUUUUCACAAGGUUUAAGUCAUGGUGAAGGACACGGAGAAGGUGCAGGUGGUGGGUUUGGCAGCUCAAGUGGAGGCGGCGGUAGUGGCGGUGGAGGUGGCGGAGGGGGUGUUGGUGGAGAAACUGGUGGUUUUGGAGAAGGUUUUGGCCACGGUAGUGGAUAUGGUGUAGGAGGUGGAGUAAAUAGCUUUGGUGGUGGUGAAGGCUCAGGAGGUGGAGGAGGUAGUGGUAGCGGUUUGGGCUCGGGGAGAGGAUUCGGUCAUGGUUUUGGCUUUGGUGCAGGAUUUGGAAUUGGUGGUGGCGAAGGUGGAGGGGGCGGUGAAGGUGGUGGAAGUGGAGGUAAUGGUCAAGGGUAUGGUCAAGGAGAAGGUAGGGGUUUUGGGGCGGGUGGUACUAGUGGAGGCAAUACUGGUUUGGGUCAUGGUGGUGGAAAAAAUUUUGGUGGCAGCCAAGGAAUAGGCAUGGGAUUUGGUAUGGGUAUGGGAUUUGGAUUCGGGAUGGGUGUAGGUGCUAAUAAACGUUUAGAUACUAAUAGCAAUGUUGAAAAUCACAAGCACUAA